AUGAGCGAGAACGUUGGCGUCCUGGAAGUGCGUUCUGUCGGGCAGCCAUUUCAGUUGGGAAUGCUGUACGACUAUCGUCGUCACCACCUUGUUACAGGGCCAGCAUUGUGGGAAUCUGACAUCCAAACGAAGAUCUCCUCCUCACGCAUCUCCCCAGAGUCUAAGUACGAAGUCUUCCCAAGCGGGAACGUGGAAGAGAUGGCAAAGGUUUUUGGUAUCGACUCUAACUUAAGACUGAGUUUGAUGACAGGAUUGGUCAACCCAUAUGGAAUUGGAAAGUUCAUCAUUGAUGGGGAUCCCUCAAAGAAGAACAAUCUGGUUCGCAUUAUUCUCAAGUAUGAAACCAUAUCAAGAUUUGAAGAACUUAGCAUGGAUCAAGCAAAGACAGAGCCGCACAGAGACCUAAGCUCAGAGAUGACAGCUACUCACUUUGUAUCGCGUAUAGAAUAUGGCAGAGAAGCAAUUUUCGUCUUCGACAGAAGAUUAGACGAAAACGAAACAUUUACCGAUGUCGAAGCCGACCUAAAGUUUGCUGUUGAGUCGUUGUCCCAAACUGGGGUGGAAAGUAAUGGAUCUGCACAUGCAACAGAGCUAGACGAGGAGGAAAUGUGUAAACUUGUUUGUACUUUUUAUGACGAUAGAGACCAGACCAGUUCCACCGGUGGUAUGAGUUAUGAAGAUGCUCUGCGGGCCUACAGUGAACUCAAGAAAAAGGAAGAAAGCCAUGUGUAUGAAGUUCCUAAAAGGGUUUGGCUCCAACCAUUGAGCACUUUGAACCCACAACUAGUGCGGCGAGUGCGAGAGGUUAGCCCUCAUGUGACUGACGUUUUGCAAAACGUCUUGGCAAAUUUCAACGAGUUUGAAACGAGUUUAUGUGGCCUCGUCGAUGAUAACUCAUGUUCCACCUUUCCUAUAAUCAAACAGCGAAUUGCAAGAUGCGGAAAAGCGGUUUCCAGGUACAAAAAGAACAUUCUUAAGACAAUUUCCGAAAUGUUGCCAGUGGUGCGAGGAGGUGAUGAAGAAGAGCAAGUAAUUACCGACGUUCUCAACAUAGUUGCGUCUUCUCCGUUUCAUCACGACCGCCUCUCGUCGUGGAUCAGUGGCAUGAAGAAAGAGAUGAAACUGUUGUCCAUGUACCUGGAAUUCUUUAGGGGAAUCCAACUGGUAACGACUUUGCAAGAUCUUGACAGUGUGAUCAAUUGCUUGGAAUAUGAUCAGGUUGUUUCCUUUUCCCUGAUGACGGCUGGGAAUGAAGAUGCACUGGUUGAACAAAUGCAUACAUUCCUACGAACUGGCAGUUGGACACCGGAACAUCUCUCACCUCAACCUUGGUAUGAAAAUCCUAAAAUAGUUAAUGAAGGCAAGGCUAAGGCAAGAAAUUUCAGGGAUUUUGUCCGGGAAAAUGAACAUGACGGGCGUACAAAGUUCAUCGUCACAAACGUUCAGAAGGGCACAGGCGAUGGAAUUCUUAGUGUCCGUUUGUAUGAUGGCGGUCAAUCUACGGAUUUUGAACUUCCCGGUGGACCUGGAAAGCCUUUUGCAACUCUGACAAGUGCCUCCAGUAUCACUCUACGAUGGGAAGAGUCUCCACACGGAAAAGAAACUGUCAAGAGUUACACAGUGCACUUCAAACCUUCUGUUGGCGAUUGGAAGUUAUUGCCCACUGUAGGACCAGAGAAUACGAUCACAGUUGAUGGAUUGAAGGCAAAAACUACCUACCUUUUCAAGGUGAACAGCGAAUGCAAAGCUGGUAGAAGUACUGUAAGUGCCACCAGCGACAGUGUUGUCACUGAAGAUCCCGUGAAUAAACCCGAAUCAGACCUCCUCCACGAGAAGAAGAGUGAGUCAUCCUCAAAUAAACAGAACCGCAGUCUAAAUAAAGCUAAGGCUAAGGAUUCAUCGUCCUCCAAGUCCAGAGACAAUGUCGAAGGAGCAAAAGGCGGUGAAGCAAUCAGCCGAAAGAACCUAGAAAAUCCCGCAAGCAAGCCAGAUAGUAAAUGGACUAGUAGUGCCUCGCAAAAUAGUAAAACCUCCCAUGACAAGGCCACAAAUUUUUUUGUUCCUUUUAAACCAGCUGAGGUUUUGCUCCCCUCCUCGAAGAAGAUUAAAGAUGGCACUCCGUCACUUUACAAACUCCCAAUGAUCACAAGAAUGAGAAGACAAAACAGCAUGAUUGCCAAACAAAGCAUGGGAAAGCCCCCCAAAAGAGUUAAAGGAGGAACUUCCGAGAAAGUUCUCAUGGUAGUGGGAGCUACUGGAGCUGGUAAGUCGACGUUGAUCAAUGGCAUGGUGAAUUACAUUUUGGGAGUAGAGUGGAAGGACGAUUUUCGGUUUAAACUCAUCGUGGAGGACAAAAGUGUAUCUCAGGCUUACAGUCAGACGAAGAACAUCACUGCUUACACUAUUCAUCCCCAGAAAGGUUCAGCCAUUCCAUACACAUUUACAAUAAUUGAUACGCCAGGGUUUGGUGAUACAGAAGGUCUGAGGAGGGAUAGGCUCAUUAUCAGUCAGAUUAAGGAGUUCUUUUCCAUCCCCCCACCAAAUGGUAUCGACCACCUUGAUGCAGUUGGAUUCGUUACACAAGCUUCCCUAGCACGUCUCACUCCAACGCAAGAGUACAUCUUCAACUCAGUCCUGUCUAUAUUUGGAAACGAUGUUUCCAAAAAUAUCUUUAUGAUGCUGACCUUUGCAGAUGGCCAACAUCCCCCAGUUCUUGAAGCCAUCAGUAGAGCCAGCAUUCCAAGUGACAAGUACUUCAAAUUCAACAAUUCCGCCCUUUUUGCCAAAAACAAAGAAACGGAAGAGAGCUUUGAUGCAAUGUUUUGGAAGAUGGGUCAUCUCUCCUUUCAGAACUUUUUUGCUGAGUUUGCAAAAGCAGAAAAAGUUAGUCUUCGACUAACUAAAGAGGUGUUGAAUGAACGUGAACAGCUUCAAACCUUGAUUGAAGGGCUGAACCCUCAAAUUACAGUGGGCCUCAACAAGAUUGAAGAAAUGAAACAAGAAGAGCUUGUUUUACAACAUCAUGUCAGCGAGAUUGAAACCAACAAAGAUUUCACUUAUGAAGUUGUUAUAACAAAGCCAAAUUAUAUCGAUCUCAAAGGAACUGGGAGACACACCACCACCUGCCUAAAAUGCAAUUACACGUGCCACCAGGAUUGUCAGAUUGCUGAUGACUCUAGCAAGCGUGGCUGUUGGGCCAUGAAUAGAGCAACUGGAAAUUGCAGAAUUUGCACGUUAAACUGCAUCUGGUCGGAUCACAAAAACCUUCCUUAUAUAAUCGAGUACGAAUCAGUCGUGGAAACCAGAACUUCUGCCGACCUGCAAACGAAGUAUGAAAGAGCCGUUUCAGGGAAGUCUAAAAUCGAAGGCAUGAUCGAACAACUUGAGGAAUUUCUUCAAGGUGUGCACAGCAGUGUAAUGACCAUGAUAAACAAAGCACAGCAAAGCCUUCGUCGGCUGGAUGAAAUUGCCCUGAAACCCAACCCAUUGACUCAAGUGCAGUAUCUGGAGCUUGUCAUAGAAUCUGAGAAGAAUGAAGCCAAACCCGGCUGGAAACAACGCGUGGAAUACUUCGAAGAAGCCAAACGUCACGCGGAGAUAUUAUCAAAAGUUAAAGAUGUUAAAGCAGGAGAAAAAAUUAUCCAGGAGAAGGCUCGAGGUGGAGAAAGGUGGUUUUCCCGAUUUAAGUUUUGGUGAUUUCAGGUAUGUAUAGGAUAGUCUGUUUCAUUUAUUUCACCUAAAAAACUGAGUUAGAUUCACUUGCCUCUCUCUCUCAUAUCGUGUAAGAGUCCUAGACUGCAUUUUGGUUACUCUGUAACAGAAAAAAAUCUUCUUACACCUGAUGCUAGGAAAACUUCAGAUAACCGCAAAUCUUUUGUUUUUGAGAAGCACCAAGAGCAAUGAGCAAGCAUUUUAUGCAGCCAUCAAUCAUGGCUCGGUACAAUUCAGGAAACAAGGUCAUACAUUUUGAAGAGUAAGAAAAUUCACGUUAAGGUGCUAUGAUUGGCGGAUGUAGAUCCAUUUUGCUUCCGUUGUCAUAGUGAUUUAAGACAGCAUGAAACGUAAUAAAUGCUAGGCAUUCACUCGUAAAAAUGACAAGUUCGAUUUUGCACCUCAGAUCUUGCGUGCUGCUGAAUAGUUCUCUCUUUGAGUUCUGGCUCACAAUAUUAUUUUGACGGCACCCUUUCUUCCUUGAAAAUGAAAGUGGCAACGAUAGUAUUAUCAGGUUGGGAAUAACGGUCAUGCUCCUUUCUUUUUUAGCAACUCAAAAAUUGUAACAGCCCGCCCGUAGAGAUGCGAUAUAGCUGUCUUACAAGCCGCUUGACUUGGAAUCAACUUGACAUGAAGCACGAAUAUAAUGGACAUAGAAAAAAAAGGAUAUGUCUAAUGAUAUGGAACUUUAAAUAUAAGAAUCUCCUGGACGUGAACUAAUGUGUUUCAUGAAUUUCGAAUUCCUACCGUGUGUGUCUUUUGUUUAGAAAAGCCAGCCACGUAAAUGAAGUCUCUAUAUCAGAAGGAAGCGAUCAUAACAGUAAAAUGACCGGAACUUCCUUAAGAAUAGCAUUUGUCGCCUUCGAAGGACAGCUCCCCGAAUCCCUGAGAGAUGGCAUCACAUCAUGUCAGAUUUUUUUUAGCUUCUGAUGUAUAUCCAGCAACUGGAGGCAAUUUCUUGAAGUGAAUUAUUCGUUUCCUUGAUCAAUACACUUUUCCAUUUUAUGAAUUAUUUCUUAUUUGUAUUUGUGGUUUAAGCACGACCCACAAGUACCUUGCGUUGUAUGCAAGAUUAGGUAACAAGAAAAAUUGAAUUUUUUUAAGAACAUCAGUUAAAAAAGCUGAAGCUAGUUUUAAAGGAAUUAGACAAGUUUCACGGCCUUUUAAAGUGUUCCGUGGCAUGGGUAAUGAUUGAUAAGCUCGUUAGCCUUAUUGCAUAAGAAUAAAAAUCGGUC